AGAUUUAACACUUUGUUGUACUUUGCAACAGCGGAAAGAGCUGUUUUGAUGGCGCUGUCUCCCUGCAACACUGUGUUUAACAUCAACGUUUGUGGUUCGUAAACUAGUUGCCGCCAAGAUGCUCAGAAUAGUUAUCCUGACGUUGUGCUUAUCUGCGGCUGCACAGCACCAUGUCAACACUACACUUCGUCGCGUGGCUAGAAACGCAGGUGACCCCGACACUGAAAUCAAAGACGCGCAUCUACGUGGGAUGUGCAAAGCAGUGUCGGUGAACGACCGUGUCGAGUGCCCUUUCCCUGGCGCCGCCGAAGUGGAUGACACCUUGUGCACUGCAGCGGGCUGCUGCAUAAACCGUGGCUUCGAGUAUCCACCGAACCUAUGCUUCUUCGCCCGGGAAUAUCCGAGGUACUGGGCCAUAAGCAUCACCGACGACGAGGAAACUGUCAACAUGAGCCUCCUAGUCCAUAACCCCAUGCAGAAGGUCCUAACUGCCCACAAUGUUUCGGUAUCAGUGUCGUAUUAUUCCAAGGAAGUAGCCAGGGUUCUGGUGGACCGAGCGAGACUCCCGAAUGACGAUUACAGUUUUGUUCCUGCAAUGCCCGCCCUAAGUGGGAAAGGAGCCUUCGUCGACGUCAUGUAUGAUGUGGUAGCCUUGCUGAAUGGAAUGCUCACUAUACACAGAAAAGACGAGGGAGGGGACUUCGAAAAAGGGGUACCAGUUUUCAGUACAAACUUCUCGUAUUUGACGUUCGAUCUACAUUACAAGCAAGUUACGCUCUUCCUUCCCUCAAGUCGUAUCUACGGCUUGGGAACCCGUGUGACCCCGCUACAACUGCCAAUACCGAGCGAUUUCUUUCUGUUCAACCGGGAAAUAGGACCUGAUAAGGACGGCAUGGGACGGGGCACUCACCCUAUGUACAUCUGCUUGGAAGAUGGAGGGACGGCUCAUGGUGUCUACCUUCACAACACCAAUGGAAUGGAGGUAAAGCUCAGGCCAGGGCCAUCGAUAACAUUCAAAGUUUACGGAGGAAGAUUAGACUUCUACAUCUUCAUGGGCCCUACCCCUGCCGACGUGGUGCGACAGUACCUGGAACUUGUGGGAAAACCAGCGAUACCUCCGUACUGGGGAUUGGGCUAUCACCUCUCUCGACAUGGGUUUAAGACACUUGAGGACGUUAAGAAGGUCGUGUCACGAAACCAAUACCACUUCGUCCCGUUUGAGUCAAUUUGGAUCGACAUAAAGUACGCCGACGACUAUUUCGUCUUCUCCCUCUCAAAGGAUUUUAAAGGGAUGGGUGAAUUUGUGGAUGGUUUACACAGCAAGUCCCAACGCUGCGUCUUGAAUUUCCCACCGUUUGUGCGGAAAUCUGGGGGUUACUAUUACCCUUUCGAUGAAGGUCGUCACCUGAAAAUGUUCGUGAAGAACUCUACGUACAAACCGAGUUUCUGCACUGCUCAAAUUGACGUCGACGCUGUUUACGUGAACUUCUUAGCUUACGACGUCAUUCGCUACUGGGGCUUUCUACUGCAGAACUUCCACGAUGUCACAAGGUUUGACGGUGCUUGGCUCACGCACACCAAUCCACGGUGCAUUCACUUAUACGCCGCUCAGUGUGACUCGACGUCCCCGCUCGAAAACCCCUCCGCCAAUCCCCCAGAGAGGCUGAACAAACACACCAUGUGCAUGGAGGACAUCAUGUACGACUCGAUGCAUUACGACGUUCAUAAUGUUUACGGUUAUUACGCAGCCAUGAUCACGCACCAAUCUUUGGCCUCCCGUAUGAGACCUUUCGUCAUGACUGGAACUACCUUCGCUGGUCAGGGCAAGUGGUCGGGCCAGUGGCUCGGCGAAUCGGAAUCAACAUGGGAAAGCAUGCGCGAAUCUAUACCAAUGGCCCUGACAUCAAACCUGUUGGGAAUGCCUUUCGUGGGUGCCGACAUCUGCGGAACAAAAGGAAACGUAACGGAGACGCUGUGUGUUCAGUGGCAUGCUCUGGGCAUUUUCUAUCCUUUCGCCAGAAACCACAACGAAGAAGGCUUCGUGGACCAAGAUCCAGUUGGCCUGAUGAUCCACAUUCUAGUUUACCCCAUCCUUAAGCUUCGACUUCUACUCUUGCCCUUUUUGUACACGCUGUUCUACCGGAAUGCAGUCCAUGGUGAACCUGUCAUGAGACCGCUCUUCUUAGAAUAUCCGAAGGACGAGAACACGUACGCCAUCGACACACAGUUCAUGUGGGGAUCGGCUCUCCUGAUCAACCCUCUCCUCCAUCCUGACACAAAUCACAUAACUCCAUACAUCCCUCGAGGUAUAUGGUACGACUAUUUCGAAGGAACUCCCAUUAUCGUAAACGAGGGACGCAACAAGACGUUUCGUGUUUCGGAGAUGCAGGUCAACGUCCUCAUACGUGCAGGACAUGUCAUUCCAUUGCAAAAGCCCGGUGUAACUGCGAGCGAAAGCCGCAACAAUCAAUUCAUUCUGCUCGUCGCACCGACCGACACAGGCGAAGCUGGAGGCGAGCUCUUUUGGGAUGACGGAACAUCUCCUGAUACCGUAACGAAAGGAAGCUACACGCUCUAUAGGUUCGAGCUGCUACAGAAUCUACUAGUCGCAACCCUCGUCAAACAUGGCUACAAGACCGGCCUGAAGCUAGGGAGUAUCAAGGUGUUGCGUGUUCUGGAGGAGCCCCUAGUAGUUCGGAUGAAUGAUGUUAAUACCACAUACACCUACGACACGGAAAACAAAGUUUUGAAAAUUGAUGUCAAUGAUUUUGUGAUGGAUGAGAACUUCAUGGCAUCCUGGUGAUAACACGAAAUACGACCAAGGGUACUCCAAUAUUCAACAUCUGCUACCUUCGGACGCUGAGACCAGGAACAGCAGUGGAAAUAUAUGUUUUCGUAGUCUA